AUGAGUGGAUUGCAGAGACAAGAUUUAAUACUAUUUAGUGAUCAAUCGGUUAUAUCGAGUCAGCUAUGCGAUGGUAAUUCCAAUGAUAUGAUUUUAGUUACACAUACUGCUGCUACUUUGCCAACUUGGUUGGUUAAUGCCUUAGUGGAGACUAAAGUAUUGGGAGCGCCAUUUUCUUUGAAGACAGACUCUACUCCAAGCAGUAAUGCUCAAAAGUCAUCAAGGAAUGAUCCGUUGAUAACAAUUGCAUCAUUUGUCCACAAUGCAGAUUAUUUUGAUAAAAACUUAUCAAAGUUAAAGAUAGGUAAAAAUGAUUAUAAGAUGGUUGAUCUUUUCACAGAUUUUGUAGUUAAUAACAUUGGUAAACCAAAGGACAAAAUAAUAUCUGAUAUAUUAGGGUCAUUCCUGGUAGACACAGGUUCAACUAUAGUGUUAGAACAACCAGAAAUAUUACUAAGUUUAAUAGAAGGUUUAACUAGCGAUGAGUUAAGUUUAUGGUUCAUCACACCAUUGAUGAAGAAAUGUGGUUUAUUAAUCGUUGUAACGAGUACAGAGCUGUAUUUCAAUAAUACACCAUACGAAUCGACACAAGACAAAAACAUUUUAGAUCAUUCAAGAUUCACUGCUGCCUGUACAUACAAAUCCUUAGCAGUAUUGAAUUUGAAACCUCUUGAAACAGGGCGUGCAAAGGAUGUAACUGGUACUUUAAGAAUCACUAGGGGUGGUGCACACGAUUCACAUCCAAAUAUUCAUGUUGUAGAAAACGAAUUUCUAUAUUUAACCCAAAAGGACUCGACUAAAUUGUUUUACAGAUGA